AUGAAUCCCCCUCCACCGAGUCCAGAUCCAGACUACCAGCCCGAGUGGGAUGAGGAUCAUUUUCACGCCUUACCGAACUCCCUGCCCACUCUCUCAAAUAAACUCAACGAAGAGAUCGCUAACAACUCGGCCUCGACUGAGCCUUUCGCGGAACCAAUGGAUCAAACCCAGGUUGUCGGGGCGUUCCAGGCGCUGAAUAUCACUUAUUUAGAGGAUAUUCCUGAAGAAACUGCCGGGCAGGAGAUGGACGAACCCAGGUACAACAAGGAAAACGUCGAACCUUGCGCCAUGCCGGCCACGAAGGAAGGUGCAUCGACUGAAGCUUCUCCAAGCCAGGCACAGAACACCGAGGAAACCCAGCCAGCGCGCGGGCGAUUUUAUUCGAUCAGCGACACAGAGGCGCCGGAUCCUCUGCUUGCUCCACCACCAUCUCCAGUCAUGAAUGCGCCCCAAACCUCUGAUACCUCGGAUACCGAGAUCAUGGGGUUCUCAUCCUACAAAUAA